AUGAUAGAUAAUCUAGAUUUACGAUACAUCGCAAUUUUGUCAGCCCUAACGGCUAUAGCAUGUGAUGUUAUAGUGAAAUUAAUCAGUACAGUUAAAUCGGAUCUUCCAAGCUUCAGAUAUCGACCAUUUUCAAAACCAUUUACGAUUUCAUUUUUGAUUUCAAUAGGAACAUCAAUAAUAAGUACAAUUCAAAAGCCAAAUUGUCCGCUGAGAACUGCAAUCGUGUUUUUGAUCCCAUCUGUACUAUCAGCAAUGUUUCUCCUUCUAUUUAAUUAUGCAGUUGUGAAUGGACAAGCAUUUGUAUCCUUUGUCAUACGUCAAAUAUGCAUGAUUUUUAUACCAUUAAUUUUAACAUUCAAAAAACCUCGCUCAUACCAAUAUUUAGUUAUAGGAAUCGCCUCAAUAUCAUUGAUACUAGCAUUUGUAUCUCAUAUAGGAUCAAUAAUCUAUCCAUUUUUAGCUUUAAUCUCAAUGUUGUUUAAACUCGGACAAAUUUAUGCAGAAAGCAAGUUACUACAAAAAUACGACAUUGAACCAUCUACUUUAUUAGGUCUUGAAGGCAUUUGGUCAACAAUUUUUAUAUUAUUUUUAGUAUUUCCUAUUGUUUACUUAAUUCCAGGCUCUGAUGUCAGUAGUCUUUCUGGUGGAGCCCUUGAAAAUGCAUAUGAUGCAGUAAUUAUGAUUUUCACUACUCCUAGAAUUGCUUUAGGAACAGCCAUCAUUAUUUUUACAUCUUAUUUAUCACAACAAACAACACUAUUACUUUCAAAUGCAAAGGAUUCAUUACCAUAUGUUGUUUCUGAUAUUAUUGGCUCGAUUGGAGCAUUUAUCAUAUUUUCUUUACUUGCAAGCGACGAAACACUCUUCACUUCUGCUGAUGGACCUCUCCAAAUAGUUGCCCUUAUACUCUAUUGCUGCGCUACUCUUCUUGGAAACAGAAUUAUUAAACUUCCUUGGUUCCAAUAUUCUGAAUGGGGCCAACUUGGAGAGGGUGGUGAGAUUCCAAAUGAAAUCGAUGAUUUACCUGUUGAAGAAUAA